UCAAUCAGCUGUCUGUCAAAAUUCCGAUCCCGACCCGGAAUGAUAUCAUUUCGCGAGGAAAAUGGUGAUAUACCGUUUAUUUUGAUCACCACAACGACUGGACCAUGCAAACAUGGCUGAGAAGUUAGAUAAGUUUAGGCAGCUCGCUCAGCGGCUGAAGGAAAAAGUGCAAUUGCCUCAGAUAAAUGUGAAAGGCCGCGAAAAAGUUGAUCAAAUCAUAACCAAGUAUGUACCAGCGAGUAUCAAAGUUACUAAACUCGCAGAGCAAUUCAAGCAAGAAGCACUGGGGUUGAAGGUAAAGGAGUUGGUGACCAAAUAUGAGAAAUUCACGGGAGUGGAAGAGAUUAUGGCACUGCAGAACACUGUUAUCGACGCUCAGGAGAGAUUUAUGCAAGCCCAGGAACGGAGACGCGAGCUGGGUCGUCAGGUGGCGUCCAUUGAGUCCCGACUGAAGGAGCUCCAUGCAGAGAUGCAGAAUACUAUGAAGGGAGAUGACAAGUAUUUGCACCUCUGCACAGAAGAGCAUAAGCUAAUAAUUCAGGAGCGGGCUCUUCGAGCGUUAUUCGGGGAGGCCGAGCGCGAGGAGAGGGAGCUAUUCGCCACCAUGUCAGCUGCUGUGAAGCUAGGACACGAGCGGGAGAGGGCCCACGCUGAGAGAAACAAGUACUGGUAUAUCGUCGCCAGUAUAUUUGGAACGGUGCUCGGCAUAGCGGGCUCAACGAUAAACAACCGUUUGAAGAUGGCGGAGUUCAGAGAUAUGAUGGAGCAGCAGAUGGCGCGGAGUGCCAGCGUGCUUUACACCAUAGCGGGCGGCGGUAGCGCCAGCCGGGCCGACAUAACUGAGGCCAUGAAGACUGAGUUCCAAUAUCAGGCCAAAUUAGCGGAGAACUUGAAAAUAAUGCAGGAUACCAUAAAUCAUCUAGUCAACAAGCAGGCGUCAGUUAUUGACCACCUGAACCAUCAAGAGCACAUAAUCGAGUCACAGAUACGCGAACUGAAGAAGCUAGUAGUGGUAGCGUCGCAGAGUAGCGCGAAAUCUGACAGAGAACUUGCGAAAGCCUUGUCCGUUGUACAUCAGAACACCACAGAUGACGACAAAGACAGGCUGCCGAUUCCGGACAACAAAAUGACGUUCGAACCCAGCCAUGUGUUGACAGCGCUGGGUGUCAUGUUUUGUGCCGCCAUUAUAUUCGGAAACAUCAUUGGUAGAGUCAGCUGAUUUCGUUGUCAGGUAUGUGUUGCUCUAAAUACAAAUAUAUUUUUAUUGCACCAGAAGGAAAAGAGCCUUAAUUGGGCAAAAACCAAUUGGAUUGUUAGAAAUUAUUUUAUUAUUUUGUCAAUGUGUUAUGUUUUGUGAAAUCUUAACGAUCCUUCCAAAAUUUUACAUUCGCCAAUAACCCGACAGAAUUAAGUUGAUGGCACACGACAAAGUGGUUGUGUAAUAGCGAGAUGCUUAUUUGAUUUGCUCGGGUUAUUCAUUCAUAAUUAACAGCUGUCUAUCAUCCGUCCCUUUCCUUUUCGGCGGAUGAAAAUUGACAGGUAAAAAUUUUUUUUUUUUAUAAUAAUAUUUAAUAAAUUAGAAAUAAAUUAAAAUUAGAAGGCGUCUACUGGAAUCAGCGUCAUUAUAAUAUAUAAAGUUAUAAAUAAUCUAUUACAGCCAAGGAAGCACCUUUCUUGCGACUUUUUUCUAUCAUAUAUGUAUUUUGUACUUAAUAUUUAAUAUCAUAUAUUAGAGCAACAUCUAAAAGGUACUGAAUAUUGUGAAUAUAUGCUGAAAGUGUUUGCCGACUUACUUUAUAUCUAAAGCAUGUAUUAAUGACAGAAUUUAUUUUUAUUUGUACUUUUUCAAUCGUAUCAACAAUCACAAGGCAGCCAUUUUAAAAAUGUUUGAUUUAGAUUUUUUUAAUGUCAACAUUAGUCGGAAAAGUCAAGGCAAGUUUGCAUUAGUCUAUUGGUCUUGUCAUUUUUAGUUAGACUGUUAAACUAAUGAUUUUAGUUUUUAUAUGUAUAUGAAAGGUUGUUUUUGUCGAUUGAUAAAACUUAACCUCAACCAAACAAAAUUGAUGGGACAAAUAGAAAACGUCCGCUGUUCUCCACUGUUUUUUUUUCUUAAAAUUAUUUUUUUAUCAAUAUUUAGUUGUUUUUUUUAAUUUUUGUUGAGUAGUUUAGUAUUCUCUGAGUAAAACACGUCUUCUUAAGUGAUUAAAACGAUUCCUAUUCUUCAUUCCCUUUAUCAUACAUUUCCUUACUUCAGUCGUAGUCCUUUCUACAUAGGAAUGACUGAGAGUGAAGUAAAAUACCUACUUUGCCUACAGGGUUAUAUUUAAUUAUAUUUCGAAGUUGGUUAUGUAGAAAUGAAUGAGAAACUGAACAACUUUUGAGACUAAAGGUUUUAUUAUAUUUAUUGUACUUCGUUGUAAAUUGAUAUAUGAGAAUUUUCAAAAAAUACCUACAAAGAAAAAGACUUAACUAUAGGUAUUUAUAUCUAAAAAAGUUUAUGUAACUACCUAGGUAAAGUUGUUCAAUUCAAUCUAAUAUUUCUGUCACAAUAUUCUCCAUAAUUUUCAUAGAGUAAGUACUUAACAGUAGAUAUACUUUACUGAUACUUUACCUACACAUGUGUGUUUAUAGAAUCGAUGAUUAUUUUUUCUGUAUUGUAACUGUGUCCGAUUUAUCAGUGAAAUGCGCAAAAAAAUAAAAUAAUGAUUAGUAA